AUGGCUGCUGCUGCUGCAGUCCCUCUGAAAGAAAAGCCCCAGCGAAUAUUCGAGGGGAAGUUCAGAGUUGGUUCCCGAGCACGCAAACAAAAGAAACCCUCGAAAGCAAAACGCCCAGUAUCGGCGAAGGGCAAGGACGAAGACUCGAUGAACGAGAUUCAUCUCAUCAACAAUUACUGGCUACUUCGUCAAAGUCUAAUGCCAGACAAGAAUCUUUUGAUGAGAGGUGGUGCAUUUGCAGAUCCAUAUGAUUCAUUUCAAUUUCCGCUGGGACCUGAGAGCGAGAAGUUUAUAUUCUACUACCAACAAGCGUACGCCGUCAAUUGCAUCGCCCUUAAUCUUUCGCCAGAUUGCUUCUAUUACGUCAGAGAAGAGCUUGCAAUGUUCCAUGCUGUCAUGUACCUUGUCAGCCUGGAUCAUAACCUAAAAUACGGCAUAACGGACUCUCCCGGAAGUCUGUACCAUGGAAGAGAAGCUUUCCGUCUAAUAAAUGAGGGUCUUGAGGCAGGUGUGAUAAGGGAUACCCUCAUUGCAGCUGUUUCAAUAGUGAUCUCUAGAGAGAAUCUCGCUGGUCAAUUUGAUCAAGCCAAAAUCCACAUGAAAGGCCUUCAACUCAUGGUUAAGGCACGAGGAGGUAUUAAAAGUGUGAUACCUGCACAUAGAAAAGUGGUGACCUGGGCCGAUUUAAGCUAUUCCAAUGUUUGGGGUUGCAAACCCUCCUUCCCGCAGCUCACCUACAAAGCCUCAAAGGGCGAUACAGAAUUGCCAGAAAAAUUGAAAAAUAAAGUUCUCUCUCCAGAAAGCGCCUUCGGGGUCGCCUCGCCUACAAAGUCCAUCUUCCGGUCUCUACGACGUAUGUCCGCAGCUCUCAACCCGGAGUAUGAAGCCCCCAUGGAGCGGCUAGCACUGAGUGACCAAAUUUAUGGCGCCGAAUAUAAUCUCCUCACUCUCCAGAAUGAAUAUAUCGAGUCUUUAGAUCCGGUUCAAUAUCUCUCAUCUAGUUCUGUGUUGAUGAAUAACGCCGCAUAUAUCUACCUUUACCUCAUAUUGAGAGAGCUUCCAAUUAAAUCUCGCCUGCUUUUCAAGCUAUCUCAACAGCUGCGAGAUGCCCUGGAGAUGCAAGAUGAAGAGUGGUGGAAUUCUAGUCCCGAAAGACAACGAUGGUUGCUAUGGGUGCUCUUCAUGGGAUAUGGGGCGGCAUCAGAGUGGCCAGAGAAAUGGUGGUUUGUGGAGAGAAUGGAGCCACUGGGUGCAGCACUCAUGGUCUGGACAAAAGAGGAACUUGAGUCUGCUUUGAAGGGGAUUGUAUGGGAAAAGUCGUGCUCGGACUUUUUGGAGAAAUUAUGGAAGGACAUGUCGCAACGCGACAGGUUUGAGCUGGAUCUCUACUGA